UGCGCGGCGCUGGCGGAGAGUUGUCGGCUGGGAAAUGGCGGCUGCGGGCUUAUUAGCUGUUGCAGCGGCAGCGGAGUACUCCGGCCCAGUAGCGUCCGGAGGUAACCUCUCCGGUGUUAACUGCGGCCCAAGCCCUGGGGCAGGCCCUGGUCCUGGCCCAGGCUCGUGGAGCCGCUCUCUCGAUCGAGCCCUGGAGGAGGCGGCGGUAACCGGGGUGCUGAGCCUGAGCGGCCGGAAACUGAGGGAGUUUCCCCGGGGAGCGGCCAACCACGACCUGACGGACACCACCCGGGCGGACCUGUCACGAAAUCGCCUCUCAGAAAUUCCUUUAGAAGCAUGUCACUUCGUUUCUCUUGAAAGUCUCAACUUGUACCAAAAUUGCAUUCGAUAUAUCCCAGAGGCAAUUCUAAACCUACAAGCUCUAACAUUCUUAAAUAUUAGUCGGAACCAACUGUCAACAUUGCCAGUACACUUGUGUAAUUUGCCAUUGAAAGUCUUAAUUGCAAGUAAUAACAAACUGGUCUCUCUUCCGGAAGAAAUUGGACACCUCAGACAUUUGACAGAACUUGAUGUGAGCUGCAAUGAAAUUCAAACUAUACCUUGCCAAAUUGGUAAUCUGGAGGCCUUGAGAGACCUUAAUGUAAGAAGAAAUCACUUACUACAUUUGCCUGAAGAGCUGGCAGAGUUGCCUUUGAUACGGUUAGACUUCUCCUGCAAUAAAAUUACAACAAUCCCUGUUUGUUAUCGGAACCUCAGGCACCUACAGAUGAUCACCCUAGAUAACAAUCCACUACAGUCACCUCCUGCACAGAUAUGUAUAAAAGGCAAAAUCCACAUAUUUAAAUACCUGAACAUACAAGCUUGUAAGAUUGCUCCAGAUCUGCCAGAUUAUGAUAGGAGACCCUUGGGUUUUGGCUCCUGCCAUGAAGAACUAUACUCAAGUCGCCCUUAUGGAGCCCUUGAUUCAGGUUUCAAUAGUGUGGACAGUGGUGAUAAGAGAUGGUCAGGGAAUGAACCUACAGAUGAAUUUUCAGAUCUGCCUCUUAGAGUAGCAGAGAUUACUAAAGAGCAAAGACUACGAAGAGAAAGCCAGUACCAAGAGAAUCGCAACAGUUUAGUAGUAACAAAUGGUGGAGUGGAACAUGAUCUGGAGCAGAUUGACUACAUUGACAGCUGUACUGCAGAAGAAGAAGAGGAGGAGGUGAGACAGCCCAAGGGCCUGGACUCAGACAGCCUUAGUUCACAGUUUAUGGCAUAUAUUGAACAACGGCGAAUCUCUCAUGAGGGAACACCAGUAAAGCCUGUAGCCAUCAGAGAGUUUCAAAAAACAGAAGAUAUGAGAAGAUACUCACAUCAAAACAGGGUUCCAGUUGAGCCAUCUUCUCUCUUGUCACUAUCACCAAGUCACAAUCAGUUAGCACAUAAAGACUUGGAACUUCAUCAGAGAAGAGAACAAUUAGUAGAGCGUGCUCGGAGAGAGGCACAGCUUGCUGCCCUACAGUAUGAGGAGGAGAAAAUAAGGACCAAGCAGAUUCAGAGAGAUGCUGUCCUGGACUUUGUCAAACAAAAAGCAUCACAAAGUCCACAGAAACAACAGCCCCUCCUGGACGGUGAGUGUCCCUUCCCAUCCAGAAGGUCUCAGCACACUGAUGAUAGUGCCUUGUUAGUGUCGCUGUCAGGGUUGAAUCAAGUGGGCUGUGCUGCUAUGCUGCCUCAUUCUUCUGCCUUCACACCUCUUAAGAAUGAUGACAGAGCUAAUGCUAUAUCUUCACCUACAACACAAACAGUUCAUCAUUCCCCUGCAUAUUCUUUUCCUGCUGCUGUCCAGAGAAAUCAGCCCCAGUGCCCCGAAAGCUUCCUUUUCCGAGCAGCUGUCAGGGCAGAAACAAAUAAAGGUCAUGCUUCACCCCUUCUUGCAUCUUCUGCACCUACCACUGAUUCUAUAGACCCCCUAAUAAGACAGAAUUCAAGACAGAGAGAGGAAGAGCUGGAAUUAAUAGAUCAGCUACGGAAACAUAUUGAGUACCGGUUGAAAGUAUCUCUGCCUUGUGAUCUUGGAGCAGCUCUAACCGACGGUGUUGUUCUUUGCCAUUUGGCCAAUCAUGUGCGACCUCGAUCAGUCCCAAGCAUUCAUGUUCCCUCACCAGCUGUGGUCAGGAAGAAGUUUGCUGACCCCCUGCUCUACAGCAUUCCUAAAUUAACAAUGGCAAAAUGCAGGCGAAAUGUGGAGAAUUUCCUAGAAGCUUGCAGAAAAAUUGGUGUACCUCAGGACAAUCUUUGUUCCCCUUCUGACAUCCUUCAGCUAAACCUCAGCGUUAAAAGAACUGUUGAAACACUACUUUCUCUUGGGGCACAUUCAGAAGAAUCCAGUUUUGUCUCUCUGUCUCUCCAACUUUUGGGUUUUGUGGCAUUUUACUGCACUUUGAUGUUAACUCUCUGUAUGCUUUAUUACUGGAUCUUCCCCCUCUAGCUGAAAGAUUGCAUUCCAGUGAUUUUCCACCUCAUUCCUGUGCUUGGUAAAGGAGGUUUGUUUCUUAUCAGAAUUAUUUACAUAUGUGCUUUUUUCCUCCCUGGCCAUCAAAGAGUUAACCAAUAAAGUACAUAAAUCCGUUCCUUAUAGGUACAGAUGGGCAGCCCAUCACAUUAGUAAACAUUUAUGAUUGCUUACAAAGAGUAAAAAACCAGCGUUUUUUCUCCUGGUCAUUCAUUCAUUUUCCUGGCCUGUGGCUUUGUUUAUCUUAUGAUAAAUGCUGAAGCAUUUUUACUAAUAUAAUCCUGAACUUGUUCUUAGAAAAUGACAUGUAGAACUUUAUUUCAAAGUGACACAGUAAAACCCCCACCUGGCCAUUUUUCCAUGCCUCAACACAACAAAAGUGUUGAAAUUGUAAGUUGCUGAAUGUUUUCAACAGCUGCUUAUAAGGAAAAUAGUUGUGCCUUUUUUGGUUUAGGGGGUAACUGGUCACUUAGAUUUCUCCAUUGAACUGUGUCCUGCAAUACUGAGUUCUUCCUUUAAUUGGUAGGCACGGGUCCAUCUACGCAUUUGUUGUCUAGAUGUUUGGAAGGUAUUGGCCAUUUAAUCUUAAUAAUUUUAAUUUGGUCAGAAUGUUCAAAGAUCCUGUAGGUUCCCUAGACUGCUAUUCUGAGCCCAAUGUAUAUAUUUAAAAUAAUACACAGCAAGCAAGCGAUUUGGAGCUGACUUUUCAGGGUAGGUACCGGGCCACAUUUACUAUGUUUGUUAUAUUCAACUGAGACUCACUUCUAGAAUUCUAUUUAAAAUUGUAAUUUAUGUCAUUUUAAAUAUAUUCAAACCAUCUUAAUAGAUGAACUUGUAUUUUAUAUGCUGUUACGAUAUUAGCAGGUAAAGUAUUAGGCAGCAGUCUCUGUUCUGUACUAGAGACAAUGUUGUCUGUCUCUUUCAGAAUGCUUAGUAAUUUAGCUGCUGGACAUUAAUGCAUGAAACUACUUCUAAUUGCAGUCAGAUUCUAGUUCUCAUAAAUGGUGUUUCUGAACAUUCAGGAAUCUUCUAAACUGUUAACAAUUGGACAAUUGAACUCAAGUAUGAAGGGAGAUGGCAGUGAACAUAAUAUCCUGUUGUAGAAUUCAGCCUGAGGGUCUCAUUGCUUUGGUUUUCUUCCAUAUUAAAUGGGAUAGUUAUUUAACACAUUAAGGGACUAUUCCCUGUUAAUGUUAAAACACUAAACACUGUGAUGACGAAAACUCUGGUUUUCUAUAAUAGUAGUGCCUUCUAGCAUUUGGGAGUUUGGGUUUGUUGUAUUUUUAAGAUGUCUCUGAGUCCGUGAUCAUUCUCAGAGUUUUAUGGAGAUUUGUCCCUUUAAAAAAACACAAGCUUGUGUGCAGUUGAGAACACAAAGCAUGCCCUCUAACCCAGCUGGAAGGUAAAUGUACAUCUAGAAAGCAUAAGCCUCUGAGGAAUGUCUAAACCACUGGGUUACACAGGUCACAGGGCACUACUGAGAAGAGAUCAAGGAAUCGGCCUUGGAGAAAAUAUGUCUCUUCCAAGAGAAAAACACCAUGCAGAUUCAUUUUUAGUAUAGUUAAUCUAUAUUUGCAGUUAUACUCAACGUAUUUCUACAAAGUUGCUAGUUUUAUUAGAUCAAAAGAUCAGUUGCCUUGUUUUAUCAAAAUAAGAAUUAAAUAAAAAGAAGCACAAGUACCAAUAACUGCCUCAAAAAUAAAUACUUGUUAUAUUUUUCUUUUGUAACUGGUUUUAUAAAACUUCCUAGUGACAUAGUGAAUGCCAAUGAAAAAUAGAGAAAACCUAGUAUUGUCUCUACUAAAUAUGUAUAAUCUCUUUUUUAGUGGAACCAGAAUGCUACUUUCUGUUUGUGAGAGCAAUGUCUUUUCUUUCUGAAUAUUUAGUCUUAACAGAAAAACCAGUGAUGACUGUCAUUCUUAAGAUUUGCCCACCAAAAAAAUUAAAGGGGCACACAAGAUGGAUAUAUAUAACUUCCUUAAGCAAGCAUUGUAAAAGACUGUUCACAUAUUGGUAAUUAAGAUGUUCCUGAUUAAACUCAUGUAAUAGUUCUUUAGCAUAAUUCAAGCCAUUAAAUACCAGGAUAUGAAAUACUUUUUCAAAUACAAUUUCAUUUUAAUUCUGUAAUUCAGAUUUUUAACUAAUUUAAACAGGGCCUUCCGUGAAUUAUUCGGAGUAAGGGGAAGGUUUUUAAAUAUAUCUAAAUCUCAAGAGCUCAGGAUACACUGAGUUUCUUCCUGUGAUCCUUGUCUGGUCUGUGAACCUGGUUCUCAGAGUCAGGAUUGUAAUACAGAUUAUAAUACAUCUCUUCUCAUGCAGUCUGAGUUAUAUCAUGAAACCAUCUUGCAUUCCUGUGACAUGGAAUUUACAAAGUGCUUUCUCCUGAAAUGUUACAUCUUUCAGUCUUGAGCCAUUUGGUAUCUUGGAACUGUUUUUGUUUUUCACCUAUUUUAUAGAUCUGCAUCGGUCAUUUACUUAAAUCAAGGAUAAAGGAUGUUGCUUUCACUCCACAGUAUUCUGUUCUUCCUCUGUUUUAUGUAUAAAUGUAUACUACUUGUCAAAUUUCCAAUUUUCAAAAUGGUCUGUGUGUACUUUUAGUUGUAUUAAUAAAAUGAUAGUGAGUGUCAGACACCAUCUCUAAAUCAGAGGUCUGUUUCCCAGGUACGGACUUGUCAUAUCUUAGUUGAUUAUUACCAAAGGGAAAAGAAGUGCUUAUUUUUUUCUUUCAGUUCUAUGAUGUUCAUACUAUUUUCUCUUUUGUUUGUUUUUAUUUUACAUUGUCCCAUUUCAGGAGCAAUUAUGUUUGCCUCUCCACAUUUUAGAAGAGAAAGGUUUGAGCCAGGUUGCAGUGACGGUCCAGGCUCUCCUAGAACUUGCCCCACCCAAGCCACAGCAGCACCAGUUAUCUGCUGUUUAAGGACUCCCAGGACCUUGGCGUUGGCCUAGCCAAAACAAGGAACAGGACAACGUGAUUGCUGCUGCCCGAUGUCUGCUUAAACAAAGCUCUUAUGUGUUCUCAGAAGGGACUGUUUCCAUGAUUCCUGACAGGAAUAUUUUGCUUCAUUUCUCCAUUUUAGGGGAGGUUAUAUCCAUUUCCAUUGAAUUUUUUUAUGAAGACAUAGUUGGUUUUCUCAAAUGAAAUAUCUCUUAUUACUGAGACCCCAACACCAAAGCCUAAACUGGCUGUGCUUUCCCAGAGAGCAGGCUUAUUUCACAUAUCAAAAAGCAUAUCUUCUCAGGAAGAUACUUGGCUCUCUUGAAGGCACAACAUGUUAUUAUCAUUACCUGUUCUCAAGACAUCUACAGUGCACCGGUUUCUAAACUUGUUCAUUCAUUAGAAUCUCCCGGAGCAUUUGUUGAAAUACAGAUUUAGGCCAGGUGUGAUGGUUCACACCUGUAAUCAAUCCCAGCAGUUUACGAUGCUGAGGCAAGAGGAUCACUGGAG